AUGGCUAAAAAAGGCAAAGUGAAGAUAAGCAAAGUUAAAAGAAACAAUCAGACUACAAAUAAAAUGAAGAAACAGGGUAAAUUACGUCUUCAGAGACAUAGAAACAAAGUUCAGAAGCAAAAGCAGCCAGUGCAGACUCAGCAACCAAUGUAUAGCAGUGACAGUGAAUCAGCGUCUGGAGACGAAUGGGCCGAUAUGUUGGACGAAGAAGAACAGAAGUACAUAAUGGCACGACUAGCAAAACAGCCUCAUCUACUGUCUAAUGUUCCUGAGGAAGAGAAAAAUGAUACUAAAAAACCUAAAAAGCGCAAAAGAAUAAGUAUGGACCAAACUCCUGCAGAUAUGGAUCUAAGCAGUGAUAGUGGAGCUGAUACUGAAACUGAUAACAGUGAUGUGGAAGAAAAAUAUGAGAUGGAGAUGGCAGAGCGGCCUGUAAAACGACUUCGUCCAUUAUUACCUAUCAAAACUAAAGAUGGAUUUUUGGAAAGAAUGGAAGAGUGCGAAGGUAAAGUAUUAUCAAGAAUAAUUAAAUUUGAUUUCCUAACCAGUAUGUGGUCAUGUGAGUUAAUGGAUACGGAAUCAGAUCAGGAACAAACAAAUGAAGCUCCAGUAUCUGAGAGCAAAGAUGAAGAACUGCAGGAUGCUGACUCGGAUUCAGGAUUGGAGGGCACAGGGGAAGAAGGUGAACCAUUUGAAGAUGUUGUUACUACUGUGGAACUGUUAGCAGCAAGGAGAGACAAGCUAAGACACGAGAAGUUAAGAAUUGGAGCACUUUGCUCAUCAUUGCUUGAAAACCCAGAGAAAAAGCUAAAAAACCUGUUCCCAAUACUGUACCUGAUGGAGGAGCACCUCAAGGACGGCACCCCGAACCUGGUGUCUGUGAGGAAGCUGGCAGCCCUGUCCGCUGCAGAGGUGUUUCGUGAUAUACUACCGGACUACGCUAUUCGCCACCAGGACUACUCUGAUGUGAAAUUAAAAAAGGACACUUUGGCGCUGUACAAGUAUGAGAAAGAGCUCUUGGAGUUCUACAAGAGAUAUCUGCAACGGUUGGAAAAAGCCGCUUUCGUUUUACGACGAAAAAAAGGAGAUAACAGAAAACUGGAGGAAUCUACCAAAAGCCUGGCCCUCGUUGCUCUCCGGUGUAUGUGUAUGCUUCUGUCUUCCCGGCCACAUUUUAACUUCGCGCCGAACAUCGCCCAAAGUGUGAUCCCGUUCCUCGACUGUCGUGAAGCAGAAGCUCGGGCAACUGUAGCCGCUUGCUGCUCGGAGGUAUUCGCUGAGGACAACAGGGGUGACAUCACCCUUAAGAUUGUAAGACUAAUAAAUCAGCUAGUGAAGAAGCGAGGUGAGAGGCUACACCCGUCUGCCCUGGACUGCCUGCUCACACUGAAGAUACGCGAUGUUGACCUGGAUGCUGAGGCAGACCUCAAGCACAAGAAACGGCAAGAAGAGAAGCACAAGAAAAGGAUCGUCAACUUAUCCAAGAAGGAAAAGAAGCGAGUAAAGAAACUUAAAGAAGUGGAAAGGGAGCUUUUAGAAACAGAAGCGCGAGAGAGCGAGGAGGCCCGCAAAAAGCAGCUGACGGAAGUGACCAAGACGGUAUUCCACAUCUACUUCCGCAUACUCAAGAUCGCGCCCAGGUCGCAACUGCUCGAGGCGGUUCUCAACGGGUUGGCCAGGUUCACGCAUGUGAUCAACGUGGAGUACUACUCGGAGCUGGUGGAGCUGCUGGCACGGCUGUGUAGAGAGGAGGGUGCGGGGGGGGGCAGUGGGGGAGGCUUGCGGUUGCGGCUGCAGUGCGCGCGCACGGCGCUGGCCGUGCUGGCGUCGGCCGGGGACGCGCUCAACUUCGACCCCGCGUACUUCCACGCCUUCAUCUACGCGAACUCACUCGCCGUGCACGCGGGCGCAACUUCAGAGGACGCCAAGAUAAUCAUAGAGGCGGUGACGCAGAUCUGUGCGCGCGCCCGGCGCGUGUCCACCGCGGUGCUGCAGGCGUUCGCCAAGCGGCUGGCGACGCUCGCCGCGCAGCUGCCGCACCACGCUGCGCUCGCUUGCUUGCAGCUGCUGCACAACUUGUUGCAGGUGUGUAUGUUUAAGAAGUAG